AUGUCCCAAUUGAGUCACGGUAACGUCUGGAUCGACGGAUGCUUUGACUUCACUCAUCACGGUCACGCUGCAGCUGCACUACAAGCAAAAAGGACAAUUCCAUGUGAUGAAGAACCCCGUUUAAUAUGCGGUGUCCAUAAUGACCGCGAAAUAGAAUUCAAUAAGGGCGCUAACCCCGUUAUGGCAGAGGAAGAACGUUACGAACAUAUUGCUAGCUUACGGUGGGUAAACUUGAUGGUUAAAGAUGCCCCUUAUGUCACCCAGCCUGCUGUUCUUGAUGAAUUCGGAUGCCCAUUUGUCGUUCAUGGCGAUGACAUUACUAGAGAUGCUCACGGCAACGACUGCUACCAAGAGAUGAAGGACUUGGGCCGCUUUAAGGUUGUCAAGCGUACCAUUGGUGUUAGUACCACUGACAUCAUCCACCGGAUCCUGACAAACCAGUCAGCACCGGCAGAAUCGCCGCUUGCCGAUGUUCAGACUCUUGAGCUCUUCGCAACCGCUGCAAACGGCUUCGCGCCCUGGUGCUGGGUAUUCGACGGUGACCUCAGUCAAGCUGUUGUAAAAGGUGGCUUUCAUAUCCGUGAGACUGAUUCGGUAUAUGUGGAAGGCGAUUUUGAUCUGUUCAACGCAGGCCAUAUCGAACGGCUACAGAAGGUUCUGACUCUAUACCCGGGCCACCGGGUCGUUGUGGGCGUUCAGCAAACUACUCCAGGCGAAAUCUACAUGUCCUACAAAGAGCGUGUACUGAGCGUACUGAGCUGUAAAUACGUAGAUGCUGUCGUUGUCAACCCCUCGAGUAACCUCUCAGCUGCUUUCACUCAAAGCUUAAACAUAUUAGAUUCGCAUUUAUGUGGCAAGCGCUUUCAUUACUUAUCAAAGAACAGGAUCAUAGCGCGAAUUGCAGCUGAAAGAGAUCGCUACAUACAAAGAAACAAGAAGAAAGGCGUUGUGCUAUAA